AGCAGGGAAGGUAUAUAAAGCAGCACACCAGACACCUAGCCCAGGGCAUUCCCUGCCUGGGCAGGACCCUUGGCUCCCUUUGCGUCUUUCCACAGCCACCAGGAAAAGUGGAUCAUGGGUAUGGACCAGAGCCAAGAAAUUGAGGUGCAUGCAGGGAAUUUCUGAGAACCAGGAGCUGAUGCAAGUCCUCAUGGGAACAUGCGAGAUAACCAAGUAGCAAAAGGCACCAGCGGAGUUCAGGCGAGAGCAGUGCAGCCACAGCCAGAGCAGCAUGGCAGGGUUCCAUGUCCGCUCCCUUCUGGUGACUGGAGCCAACCGAGGCAUUGGCCUGGGGCUUGUCCAGCAUUUCCUGAGGAUGCCAGACCCACCACAGUGGAUCUUUGCAGGCUGUCGGGACCCCAAGGGAGAGCGAGCGCAGGAGUUACAGAAUUUGGCCUCCAAGCACCCCAACAUCAUCGUCAUCCCGCUCGAAGUUGCUGACCCUGCCAGCAUCAAGGCGGCUGCAGCCAAGGUUGGGGAGCACCUGGGGGAUUCUGGGCUGAACCUCCUCAUCAACAAUGCUGGAAUUCUGAAGGUGAACACACUUGAUACUGAAAUACUGGAGGACAUGAGUGAGAUUUACACCACUAACACAAUUGGGCCGCUGCUGAUGGGCCAGGCAUUCCUGCCCUUGCUGAAGAAAGCUGCCCAGGGGAGCCCAGGCUCAGGGCUGAGCUGCAGCAAGGCUGCCAUCGUCAACAUGUCCAGCAUUGGUGGUUCCAUCGCUUCUUUCUUUGGCUGGGACAUGAUGCAAGUCACCUCGUACCGCUGCAGCAAGGCUGCUCUGAACAUGCUGAGCAAGUGCCAGUCCCUGGCGUACAAGGAGCACGGCAUCCUCUGUGUCAACCAGGCAGGGGGUGGUGGCUGGGGCAGGGGGUGA